GUCAGACGAUAGCUUUGCUCGUUCAAUCCAUUACGUCAGCGUAUUUACAUGAGAACAGUACGAGCACAUCAUUUAUGCAAAUGAGCUGUGUAGUAGAUGCUGGCCAGCUGGGCAGAAAGUAUCAUACACUGCAUGGCUAAGUCCAAGGCGUGAAAUAUUUCCACCAAGCCAAAUACCUUUUUUCACGUCCGCAAAUAUGAGUGAAGAGAAACUCUACGAUUUCCAGCAGCAAUUCGAGGAAGAUAAACAGAAGAUUCCUCCAAUAAGCACAUUUGCGAAAGCUUCAGCUUACGAUGGUCGAUACCCUAUAGCAGCCCAGAACACAAACCGAGCGUUCUAUUUAGUUUCUGGAGAAGGCAACCCAUCAUUUGUCUACCCACCAACCUCAUCGUCUACAGGAAACCUUCAGCCGCCACUGCCUGCCAAUAUGGUUGGUCAAUCGUCAAUGAUGAUGUACCACAGAGGUGGUACCGACGUAUCGACAUCCGGCACGUUGCCACCAACACCACCCGUAUCGGCUGAUGAAAAAGACCAUAAUAUAGACGAUCCCAAUGCCAGGGAUAGCGGAUUGAUCAGAAUGUUAUCCCAGACAAAACAAAUGGAGUUACCCUCGCAUUUGCCCCACCCACCCCAUUUAAUGAUGACCGCUCCACAAGUCCAUUUACACACGCAUACACAUGCACCGGGACCAAUAUCGCCAAUGGACAAUGAAUCAUUCGACGGUGAAGGAGAUGAUCCAUUUGACGUUAUGUCCCAUGUUAGGAUGAACCACUCAAAACGGCGCAGUACUAAAAAAGCAGUCACAGACGACAUGAAGGAUCAUAGAUACUUCGAACGACGCAAGAAAAACAACAUGGCUGCCAAGCGGUCACGUGACGCCAGGAAGUAUCGCGAAGAACAGAUUAGCCAUAGAGCUUACCUGGAGAGAGAGAACGCCCACCUGCGAUCGCAGUUAGAAACGCUGAAGGAAGAAGCUUACUCCCUGAGACAGCUGCUUGCACAAAAGAGCAACUCAUCAUAAACUUACUUGCUACAAAUCUAUAAAACAAUUUUAAAACAAAACUUGUAAAGAAAGAAAGAUAUAUAUUUAUGUUCUAGCAAGGAAUGGAAAUAUACUUUGUU